UCUGGCCAUGGGACAGGCAGCCGAGGUGUCUUCAUGCUCUGGUUUCUCUUGCCCAUGCAGCAUCCAAGUGUUCCACUGCCUGAAGCACAAGGGCACGGGUGGGCGGACGCUGCUGGUGGAUGGUUUCUAUGCAGCAGAGCAAGUUCUCCAGUGCGCCCCAGACCAAUUUGAGCUGCUCACCAAGGUCCCAGUGAAGCACGAGUAUGUUGAGAAUGUGGGAGACUGCCACAACCACAUGAUUGGAAUUGGGCCAGUUCUCAAUGUCUACCCCUGGAACAAUGAGCUUUAUCUCAUUAGAUACAACAACUAUGAUCGUGCUGUCAUCAACAUGGUGCCGUACGACGCUGUGCAUCGCUGGUACGCUGCUCACUGCACCCUCACCACUGAGCUCCGGAGACCAGAGAAUGAGCUCUGGGUCAAACUGAAGCCAGGCAAGAUCCUCCUGCGUAUGGAGGCAGUGAACACGAAGGUGCCUUUUGCCUCCAGCUAA